AGAUUCAGCUAAUCUGCGUUUCGAAUCAUUCUCGAUCUCGUCUCCUGCUUUUGAGCAUAGGGUAAAAUCGCACAUCGACCAAAGAUCAAAACCAUAAUCGGAGAAUAGAAGAGAGAAUGGUGGAGAGGACAAUGAGUCUUGGGGUGGGAGGCAAUGGAGAAACCUCUGGGGUUAGAGAAACGAUGUGGGCGCAGCAAGAGCUUCUUCAGAAGAUCAAUCAAGAACUUGACGCUGAACGCGAAGCCUCUUCAUCGGCUGCUUCCGAGGCAUUGUCGAUGAUUUUGCGGCUUCAAGGAGAGAAAGCAGCCUUGGAGAUGGAGGCUAGUCAGUACAAGAGAAUGGCCGAGGAGAAGAUGUGCCAUGCCGAGACCUCUCUCGCGCUCUUUGAAGAUCUGAUUUACCAAAAGGAAAUGGAGAUCGCGUCUCUUGAGUUUCAGGUCCAGGCUUACAGAUGCAAGCUACUCAGCCUCGGCUGCUCUGAUCCAGCCGUCAUCGAGAACAAGUUCCCGGAAAAUCUCAUCUUCUUCGGCGAUACUUCUCGUGUUAACCAAAUGAAGAAGAUGAAGCGAAAUCUAUCGAGCCCAUUCCAUGGCAUGACCACUGAGAGAAGCCUCCUUCUUUCUGAUAGUAAUGGUGAAAGCUUUGAAGAGAAGAAAGGUCUUGAGAGUUCUUUAUCUCCUCGUGAAGACUUGAACGCUUAUUGGGAACAGAUCAGGAGAAUAGAUGACCAUGUUAGAGAGAUUUCAGACUCAAGAGAUGCUCCUAAAGAAUCUAAGUUCCCUUUGCUUAGGCGUGAGUCUAUGUCGCAUGCGUUGGUGUCACAGGUCAGCAAUACAAUCCUCGAGUCAGCCAAGAGUGAUGUCAGUUCGAUAAUGGAGAUGAUGAAGAACCCUGAUAGAUUCUCUGUUAAAGAUGCUUCUUCAGAGUCUCCGAUUCGGUCUCCAAACGUCCAGGACAUCUUCGAGGUUCCAAGGACGAAGGAGAGCCUUACAAUCAUCUCGGAAGAAGAGGAACUCGAACAAAGAAAUGUCAGAGGCAAGAUGUUGAGUAGUAACUACGAAAGAAAAAUGAGUAAGCCGCCAAGAGAUACAAACAUCAAGGCAGAUCAUCUGAGUUUGCUAAAGGAGAUUCGAGAACAGCUCAAUGUAAUGCAAUCAGAGAUGAGAAGCUUAAGAUCAGAACUGCAUCAAACUCAAAAUGUGUCCCAUCGAGAGGAAGAGGAUCGAGCACUUAACUCAAUUCAUGAGGUAAUCACCCUUCUUUCUGACUUGGUAUAGAUGCCUGAAUUAUAUUCGAAACUGUAAACUUGUGUUUUGUUUCUUGAACAGGCCAUGAUUCACUUCUGGCUCUAGAAGCUACCAUGCGGCAUGGUUCUAUACAGAGCAUUUGUAAGUUACUUAGCCUUUCAAGAGGAAGGGAUGUAAAAAAGAAACUGAUUGAUUGCAGAGUAAAUCUCUGAUAUGUUGUAAAUCCAUUGGCAUUUUGAGAACAAAAUCUU